UCUGCUUCUUGGGUCCGCUCAUCAUCGCCAGCCCCCUUCUCUGCGUCGUCCGUCCAUCUCCAGCGCCGAUUCCCAUCCACACCAAACCAGCGCCAUGACCCGCGGAAACCAGCGGAACGAAGCCCGAGCCAAGGCCGCCAAGAUUGCAAACGAACGGACCAAGGGCCAGCGCGCCGAUGGCCUCACCCCCGCUCAGCGAAAGGAACACGAUGCCAAAAUCAUGAGGGAGAAGCAGGCGGCCAAGGCUGCCAAGGAAGGUGGCGCCGAUCCAACCAGCUCUAAGAAGUGAGCGGCAUCAGUCCGCUCAUCCUCCCAUACCAACUGGCAACUGUGGGCUGCCCACAAGAACAAGACGAGUCUGGAGGAGCUUGUCGAUUGGGAGGGAUGGAGGGAAAGGACGUGCCAAGUCGAGAGGAGAACGUGAAGAACAAAAGCAAAAGGAA